AUGUCUGUACCCACCGAAAUAAUCCCCGAUAUCGACCCCGCCCAUCUUCCAGCCCUUCCUCGCUCCAAUUCCAAACCAAAGGGUAUUCUCAAGCACGCUCCUGAACCGCGAGGCAGCGUUGGCCACAGCUUACAAUGGGAUGAAGAGAACUUGGCUCUUACUGAGAUCCAGAAAGACAGUCUCAUGAAGAUUACGGAACCCAAGACGCCCUACGUGAGGUAUAACGCCGAAACUGAUACUGUCGAAGGAGGCGCGUCGGCUUUCAGCUUUAAAUUCCCAAUCUCGAUCUCAACGGACACUGGUCCAACUCCAAUCCGGCAUCACCCACAAUGUCGACCUCUCCAACAGGUGCAGACGUUCCCGGCUCCGGUCCAUCUUCCAGACGCACUUCUUUCUCGAGCAACGGGCGAUCUGGCUCUAUCUCGGGCCGGUCUGGCAGCGACCAUUCUAGCCGCAGCACUAGCUUUAAUCUGCCUGAUGAAGCGAGGCGGGGAAUCCGUGCUGAUGGGCGAGAGCCAGGCGACGAGGUUGAAUUUGGCGAAGAAAUGGACGAAGAGAGUAGGCCCAAUCAUGAUUCGUUCUCCAGACCUUCUCAUCGAUCUUGUCCUAGCCGCUGCUAAACACGCCGCUUUCGUUCGUGCGCGUGGACGACACUAUUCUAAUGAAGCAGAGGCCAUGAAGAUGGCCGCUAGACUAUUGCGUGAAGAGGAAGAUGACGAGGGUAAUGAAGACGAUGCAGUCGACGAAGUUCCGCCAGUACCUCCCCUGCCGCCAUCGGUAAACGGUGUGACCCACUGA